UGAAAAAAAAUGUCUGUAAUUAAUUAAGUUGUUUCUUUCUCUGAAAAAGCAAAAUUUAUGAAAGCUAGUGUCCCUUUCUCUCCCUCCCUCUGUGUAAUCACGUAAUUUCUGUCUGUCCAAGCCUCUGUUCUGUUUUUUAUUUAUUAAUUAAUGCCACUGAGCAAGGAACUCUCAAUUCUCAGUCUGGUUUCACGUCCCCAAUAACCAAAGAUUCUGUCAGUUUUUUUUUUUUUUUUCUUUCACUUGAUUGUUUUAUAUAUUUUUUCUUGUUUUUAGUACUGGGUUCCCUUGGUUUCUCCUAAGUAAUUAAUUUCUAUAUCUUUUUCUUCCUUUUCAAGACCCAUUUAGGAAAACUUUCCAAAGCAUCAUUGCUUUGUUGGGAUUUCCAAGUUCAGCUCCUGCAAUGGUUGGUUUGAUUCCUAAAAGACGAGCAGGUUGUUCGGGCUGCUUUGAAGUUUGAAACAAUCCAUCUUUAUGAGUGUUUUAUGAAGAUUUUUGAGUUGAAAUUUUCGGUAGUUGAGGUUUUAUUGGCUGGUUGGUUUACAAAUUGAUAUUGCAGAAGAAAGUGCAGAUACGGAGGUUUCGUUCCGAAAAUAGAAAGAAAUUACAGAUGACUGACCUUCCUUAUUUCCUUAGUUGCUUUUUCCACCUCUACUAGUUGAAAGCUGGGUCAACAGGAAUGGAAAGGAACAUGGCUAUAACAAGUGAUGGGCUCUUCCGGGCAGUGCUGGUCAAGAGUUGCAGAGAAGAUUUUUAAGUAUUUAAAGCCCCAUAAUAUAGGCACAAAAUAAAGGAGGAAAGAAGAAGAUGCCAACAGUUUGGUUUGUUCUGAAGAGAUCCCUUCAUUGCAAAUCCGAGCCAUCAGAUGUUCACGACCCAAAAGCCAGGAGCCAUUUGAGCACCUUCUUGACAAGAAAAACAGGGAGGUCCGGCUGUUCAAGAUCCAUAGCAAACCUGAAAGAUGUAAUCCAUGGGAGCAAGAGACACUUAGAGAAGCCUCCGAGCUGCAGUCCGAGAUCCAUAGGAAGUAGUGAAUUUCUCAACCCAAUAACCCAUGAAGUGAUUCUCAGUAAUUCGACCUGUGAGCUUAAGAUUACUGGUUUUGGGGGUUUACAUGAAGUUGCGGGUGGUGGGCUUGGUGGCGAUGGCUCAACAUUUGUGGGCACACUUCGGCCUGGAACGCCCGGGCCUGGAGGGCACCACACAAUGCACUAUUACAACCCUUCGCUUAAGAGCUCUGCAACCCCUCCAAGGAAGUCUCCUGGGUUUCUCUCUGAUAGAGGUGGUUCCAUAUUUGGAGGCUCCGCUAUAUUUGGUGGCGGGGAUGGUGGUGGUAUUCCUUCAAAUCCUAGGACUUCUCAUGAGGUAGAUUCUCAUGGUUCUUCUACUGUGACCUGCCACAAAUGUGGAGAGCAGUUCGGCAAGUGGGAAACUCUAGAGGCUCAUCAUCUAUCCAAGCAUGCUGUCACUGAACUUGUUGAAGGAGACUCGUCUAGGAAGAUUGUAGAAAUUAUUUGCCGGACAAGCUGGUUAAAAUCUGAAAACAAUUGUGGGCGGAUUGAGAGGGUUCUGAAGGUCCAUAACAUGCAAAAGACCCUUGCUCGUUUUGAAGAAUACAGGGAAAUGGUGAAGAUGAAGGCCAGCAAACUCCCCAAGAAACACCCUCGUUGCCUAGCGGAUGGAAAUGAACUUCUAAGGUUCUAUGGCACGACAGUGGCAUGCUCCCUCGGCAUGAAUGGCUCCUCCAACCUCUGUAUGUUGGAGAAAUGCAGUGUGUGUCGGAUUAUCAGACAUGGGUUUUCCACUAAGAAGGAGCUCAAGGGAGGGAUUGGUGUGUUCACAACUUCAACAAGUGGAAGAGCCUUUGAGUCCAUCCAACUCUAUGAAGAUGAUCCAUCUGUGAAGAAGGCUCUAAUAGUUUGUCGAGUUAUUGCCGGAAGGGUCCAUAGACCAUUGGAGAACUUCCAAGAACUGGCAGGCCAAACUGGGUUUGAUUCAUUGGCUGGGAAAGUUGGCCUUUAUUCAAAUAUCGAAGAGCUCUAUUUACUGAAUCCUAGAGCUCUUCUCCCUUGCUUUGUGGUAAUAUGCAGACACUGAGAGAUCAAAAGACUUCCUUACCUUACCAGCUUGUGAAAGGUUUGUGAAAUUCUUUUUCCCCAUUUUUGUCAUUAUCCUUCUUUCAUGGUUUGAUCAAGGUGCUUAAUUUUCUGUGCAGUCCUUUUUUUCUUAUAAAUUUUUUGCUUUAUAUAAUUACAAGAAUGCUGAUUCCUCUCCAUUCUAUCUACUACAUGGCUACAGAUCAAUAGGUUGCAGGUUUCUUCUUUAUGUUUGUAUCAGGCAUUUAGUAAUGCUUUCAUUUCUAUCACUUUCACAUACCCCAAAAAUGAAAAAAAAAAUACAAAGUUUAUCUUCGUUCGCUG